UCAGCACCAUCCACCGCAUUUACAAUGGCGCCGAGUCUCGUGCUGCCGGAUCCCAAGAAUGAUCCGAAGCCCAAGGCGGCGAGGGUCGAGGAUGUCGACGAGCUCACCGAGGCUUCGGCGGCGGCGGCAGCAGCAGAACCUGCCGCUAAGCAACCGGCGAAUCGCUUCAGCACUGGAGGCAUCAUCUAUCCCCCACCUGACAUUCGCUCCAUGGUCGACAAGACGGCCACCUUUGUCGCUAAAAAUGGAUCCCAAUUCGAGGAGAAGAUUAAGAGUGACGGUACCACUUCUGGCUCGAGCAAGUUCAGCUUCCUGAACGACAACGAUCCGUACAAUGCUUACUAUCGAGCCAAAAUCGAGGCCAUCAGGACAGGCGAAGGUCCUCUCGCCAGUGCCGUGGGAAGCCAAGGGGAUGUCAUCGGGGCAGGUGGUUCAGUACAGGCCGCUGAUGGCGAGAAUGCAGCCGAGGCGCAAAGGAGAAGAGAGGAGCGAGACAAACCGAAGGAGCCGAGACCGUUUGUCUUCUCUGCAGAGUUGCCCAACAUCACCGCCGUCGAUCUAGAUGUGAUCAAGCUCACAGCCCUCUUCACCGCUCGUAAGGGUCGAGCCUUUGCCUCUGCGCUGCAGGCACGCGAGAAGAAGUCGUACCAGUUUGAAUUCUUGCGGCCAACGCACUCGCUCUUUGGCUACUACAAUCGACUGGUAGAACAGUACCGUAUGGUCAUGGAGGCCCCGGAGGACGUCUUGAGGCAGAUCAGAACAGAUGCUUACGGAGCACCAGACCCGCCAUUGGAAGGAACCGAACCUGCAAUGGGCUUCGGAAAGGGCGGUGGCAGGCUCAAGAUCCUCGAGGAGGCUCGCACGCGUGGCGAGUGGCAGAAAUGGGUCAGAAUCAGGCGGAAGAAGGCAGAGGAUGAGCAGGAGAAGGAAAGAGCCGCAUUCGAUGAAAUCGACUGGCAGGACUUUGUCGUCGUGGGCAACGUCGAGUUUACAGAGGCGGACGAGCACUACGACCUACCGCCCCCCAUGUCGCUGCGAGAGGUUGAGAACAUGACAAUGGCUCAGCGGCGCAUGGCAGCCAUGAUCAUGGAGAUCGAGGGAGGCACAGAGGAGGAAGCCCUCGACACCGUUGGCCUCGUGGAUCUUCCGGGCCCAGAGGAGGCGCGUGCGGCGCAGGCUCCAGCAAAUAUCUCCAAACCAGCAGAUGACGACGACGACGAAAUGGAGAUGGAUGAGAGCGAUGACGAGGCAGAGGAGACGCAGGCGAAGCCAGUCGAGGCCGCAAAGAAAGCUAUGGCCAAUCCCAGCAUCAAGGUCCGCAAAGAUUAUCAACCCAAAUCGCUAGCAGAGAGGAAGGCCGCAUCAGCUUCUCAGACCACAAUCUGUCCAGUCUGCAAGCAGUCGGUACCUCUCAAGGAUAUGGAGGAGCACGUCAGAAUCGAGCUUCUCAAUCCAAAGUUUCGCGAGCAAAGACGAGACCUCGAGGAAAAGCGAGCGCAACACAAUGCACUGUUCGAAGGAGCGGACCCGAGCAAGGCGCUCCGACAACUCGCUGGUCAACGAACCGAUAUCUUUGGGUCAGAGAAAGAAGAGGAGGCUGUCAAGCGGCGGGAGGAAGAAGAGAACAGGAAGAGAAGAGAAAAGGAGAAGAUCAUCUGGGACGGUCACGCUGCCUCGCGGCAGACGACGCGGAACGAAUUCAAUCGGCCAGAAGUUUUGGAGCAGACCAAGGCGAACAUCGAACGCAAAUUCAGAACGACGCAGGAGGAGGCCAACAUCGGGCCCCAGCUUGGUACGCCGCAGCCACCCCCACCGGCCCCUGCGAGCAUGGUGGCCGUACCGGGAGGUUACGUUGCCGAGCCAGCGGCUCCCAACGCCUACCUGCAACAGCAACAGCAGCAGCAACAACAACAGGUUCCUCCCAUGGCUUCUUUUGGUGGCAUCCACCCGAGCCGUCUCCAAGCAGGAAUUAACCCGUACGCCGCGCCAUCUUCUCCUUACGACGCCGUCAGCGCUGGCCAAAAGCGCCCGGCCGAAGGCGAGCCUUACGACCAACCCCCUCUUCAACGGCCAGCCAUUGGCUCGCCCUACACGAACUCACCCUCCGCCGAGGGCGCGCCACAAGCGCCUGCUGCGGUGCCUGGAGAAGUCAGCUCGCCCUACGGCGCGUCGGCGCCGGCGGGCCCACGUGCAGAGGGCUAUGGCCUGUCGAAGCUACCCGACGGCCAACUCCACCCAGAAGCGAUGUGGCUGCAGUACCAUCCACAGCCGAUCCGUGUCAUCGUCAAGCUUCCCGAUGCGCCGGCUGUCUCGGAAAAGUGCGACGGAGGCCAGGUUACGUUUGAAGGCCUCACACUAGACACACCGAUGGUCUCGAUUAGGGACCGGAUCCAUGCAGAAGUUCUGCAGGGGACCGUGGGCGCCUCGAGGCUAAAGUUGAGAGUGGGUCCGAAAGCUGCUACGCUGAAACAGACACUGGCCCACUGGAAUCUCGAGGACAACGAUGUGAUUGAGCUGCAGGUCAACAAGUAGUCCACCACCGCCAGUAUGCAUGUCAUGAUGUGUCAUGAGGCAUUGUAUCUGUACAUUUUUCAAAGAAGCAAAAGGGUAAUCCCAAUCAGGCCUGAUAGGCCACAAAAGCGUAGCUGCCCGAUUCUCUGCCCAGCAGACCGUAGCCCAGGAGGACUUCCAUCUUUCUCGAGUGCCAGCCCGUGGAGCCAGGGACGUGGCCGUUGGCAUCUGCGAGCUGCUUGAGAAAGACGGUUCUCGGAUGGCUCGAGGGCAGAUCCCUGAUUAUUUCGAGCCUUGGACCGCCCGCAGACGCAGUCUCAGCGGCAGUAUCACCCUCGCUGUCGUUGACAGUCGAUAGGGGCUGGCCAA